AUGAAGAUCGAGUACGAGUUGCCGAACGCCACAUUCGAGCCGGAGACCAAGCAGUACGCGGUCGAGGUGUUCGAGGUCGAGAAGCAGCUGGAGGAGACCAAGCUGCCCUACGGCCGCCCUCUGGAGACGGCGAUCGAGCUCCUGCCCCAGAGCCGAGGGGCACCGAGAUGGCGGUGGUGCCGGCCGGAGGCAGUGGAAGCGAACCGAGCGCUGCCAGGAGGCGCCGAGGAGACGCACCCGACCCUGGACGAGCUACCCGGGUACGAGGCGAUGCGAGAGGAAGCUCGGCACCUGCAAGAGGCGCAGAUGAACGUGGGGGACCUGGUCGACACAGCGAUGUCCCAGGCUCCAGAUGGAUCGAUGGGCGUAGACUUCCUGGUGCGGAUCAACGGCUACGACAAAGGCCGCGCGUUUAUCAUGAUCUACGAGUUGGUGAUGCUCGAGAUGCGGACGAACGCCAACGUGAACGACGAAGAGCAGGCGGGGGAGAUCGCGUCACUUCUUACCGAGAUGUGCGCAGUGGACAUUGUGGAGGUUUAUUCGCCGGGAAGGUUUGCAGAGAUGACGUUCAGGUGCGGCCUCGCGCACGGCCUGGCAGUGGAUAUCGAGACUGGUUGGGAUCUGCGAUUGCCCGAGCAACGAAAGGAGUGCAAUAAGCAGCUGAAGGGCGAAGACCCGCUGCUGACGAUCGUCAGCCCCCCGUGCGCGCCAUUCAGCAACUUGCGGGCGCUCUCGGACUCAAAACGAGACCCGAAGAUCGUGGUGGCGGAGAUCCUGGAAGGCGAGACGCACCUCAACUUCAGCAUGGAGAUCUGCAAGGAGCGCUACAAGGCAGGGGAGCUAUUUCUUCACGAAGCACCUGGGCCAGCGAGUAGCUGGCACCGCCCAAGCGUUCAGGAGGGCAUACAGUUGGCAGGCGUAUUCUUAGUCCAUGGGCCUAUGUGCCGCUGGCGCAUGCAGGCGACCGACUCCAACGGAAAGUUGGGCUUCGUUCGUAAGGAGACCAGGUGGCUCACUAACAGCGAGCUGCUCGCCGAGAUCCUAAAAGCUUGGUGGCAGCUAUUCUCAAAGGCCUACGAGAGGAGCUUCGACGACGAGAAGGGCCCAACCUACUUGCAGCUCUUUGUGGAGGUCCACGCCCACAUGAAGAAGAUACUGAAGCAAGAAGGACUGGAUUGGUGCCGCGGGAGGCAGGUGUGGAAGAAGGGGCCUAGACGCGAGAUGCUCGAGAAUGGCAAGGAGGCAGGGACUUUGACAUGGAUCGACACGAAGAAGGGCGACCGAACUCAACCGCGGUAUCGUUCGAGGCUGGUCGCGAGGGAGAUUAAGAAAGCUAUGGGGUCCGAAGAUCGACCAGAUCAAGCUGAACUAUUCUCGGCCAUGCCACCGCUGGAAGCGUUCAAGGCGAUGGUGACCAUCUUCGUCGGCCGCGUGGACGACGCCCACCGCGACGGCGACGCAGAGGAGAUCAGUUACAAGUUUCGCGACAUCUCGAGGGCGCGCUUCUAUGGAGAUGUGAAUCGCGAAGUGUAUGUGGAGUUGCCCGAGGAGGAGACCCGCGACGAUCCAGAACCCAUGGUGGGCAGGCGCAAGUCCCAGGAGGGGUGGUUCGAUGACGUGCUUUCGCGUUGCGACUUUAAGGUCACUGGUAUUCUGAGCAGCAGGCCCCUGGAGGAACAGAGCGUGGUCUAUCUCAACCGGGUGUUGAUCUGGAGUCCCUUCGAGCGUUCGGCCUACCUCGAAGCGGACGCCCGGCGCGUGAAGAAGGUGAUCAGGGACCUGGGCUUGGAGAAUGCGAAGGAGGUGACUACCCCGGCUGUUAGGAGGAGGUCGGUCGCGGAGAUCCUGAGUAGCAACCAGACCUCGCCGAAGCUGGGCGACGAGAAGGUGAAGACCUACCGCAGCGUGACCAUGCGGAUCAUGUGCCCGAGUCUGGACCGGCCCGACAUCAGCUACAGCGCGAGCAUGCAGGCUAGACGCGUGAAGGAGCCGAAGGAGACCCGCAUGGAGGAUCUGAAGCGCAUUGGCCGCUACUUGAAGAAGUGCCCCGCUGGAAGACGGUCGAUGGGGCGCUGGAACCCGGCGGGCCUGUUCACGAAGGCCCUCGACCAAGACACGAUGGAGCGGUUGAUGAAGCUGAUGUGUUUCACGAUGAAGUUCGACGGUAGCGUGAG